UUAUGUUUGGCAACAAUUGAAUAAAGUACCAACAGUUUAUUUUUUUGUAAUCUGCAUGUAGUUUAUGUAUAUGUGUAACGUGAAAUCAAACUGCAGCAAAGUGUCUAAGCAUUUAGCAAAAUAAAAUAACUAAAAUAAAAUAUAAUGAUUUUAAACAUUAAAAUGUUUUAAAGACGUAUUAAGCAACAUACAAGUUAACGCUUCGUAUACAAUGAAAAUGGCAUUGUAAAUUUGAACAUACAUUUGCAAUAUGAGCAAGUUAUGAUGAAAAAUCGAUAACUCCAAAAAAAACUUUAUUGUGUAAGAAAAUAAGUUGUUGCAAGACGACAGUAAUAAAAACACAACCAAAAUGUCUUCGUGAAGCAAGAAAAUCAAAAAUUCUUUGUUUCACCAACCAUAUUGAAAGAACUGGACGGUGAAGGAAAAUUAAAUUCCGCAAACGUAAAACACCAAGAAAAUAUUUUUUAAAAACAAUUGCAUUUCGUCACUCGUAUUUUUUGCGAAAGUUGAAAUUUUUGUGAUAACUUUGUAAAAGUACAAAUUAGUGGUAGAAAAUAACAAAAAAACACAGAGAGCUCUUAGACUAAUAAUAAACGUAAAUUAAAUGUUAAGUAACAUAAACAACGUUACAAUAAGUACCAACAAGUUUUUUUUAGUGCAAUAGCGAAAUUUUUUCUACACAUUUAAAUAAAAGCUUAAACUGAUACAACAUUCCUGCGCAACAUAAACCAAAAUGGCUGUCAAAAUGUACUAGGCCAGCCCUCACAAUGUCUGUCCCUGUACGCUACUCUGCUGCCGCCAAUUACGCCGUCGUUGAUAGUGGUUUGUCAAAUACUCUACAACAAGAAGAGCAAUACCACCAACACCAACAGCAACAACAACAUCAACAGCAGUUGUAUUGCCAAUUUGUCGCUAACGCCAACGCCAACGCCAACGCUAACGUCAACAACGUCAAUUUCAGUUUGGGCGAGUGCAAUAACUUCGUGAACGGCAAUAUAAACGGCUUUGACGUGCAGCAGCAGUUGAUGCAGCAGCGGUCAUCGAUGUCGUCGUCGGUUUCGCCAAUAACUGGAUUACCCGCCAACAUCAACAUUAACAUCAACAACAACAACAUCAAUCAUCACCAUCAUCAUCAUCAGAUUUCACCCUUAAACAUGGACAAUAUGAAUAUCAAUAAUAUUGAUGUCCUGCAAGAGGAGGAAGAGGAUCAUCAGUUGCAUUACCAUCAGCAUCAUUUCGAUAAUCAGUCGGCAUGCGAGCAAUCGGAAUUGCCGUUAAACAGCAUGAUGGGCGGCGAGACAGUGGCGGAAGCUAUGAACUCAACGAUGUUGGCGGCAGCAGUAGCGAAUGGUAGCGGUAUUGCAGCAAUGCAUACUGUGGAUGUAGAUGUGGAUGAGUGGAGGAUGUCUGACGAGGGCCGGUAUGGGACACCGGGUGCUGCUGGCUUGGAAUAUCAAAAGUAUGAGCUAGAACAACAACAACAACAAACACCUGCUAACAUGAUGAACAACCCAUUGGAGUCUUCGUUAAUGGACAAUGAGAAUAGGAAUAUGAAGAUGAACAACAAUAAUGCCAAUAAAACUGGCAACAACAGCAGCAGUAGCAACAGCGAUGCCAAUAGCGCCAAUGAUGCCCCAAAUUCGCCUAAGAAGGAGAAUGAAUUAGUCGGUUUGUCAUCCGAAGAACUGUAUCGUAUGUUGAACGAAUACAAUGUGCUGCAGGAUAAAUACCAUACUGUAUUGCUGAUGCCGAGAGAAUCCAAGCGUGAAGUGACGGCUGGUGGACGUGAUGGCUCCGCGUAUGUUUUACGUUGCCUUAAAAUGUGGUACGAGCUGCCCUCCGAUGUGCUAUUCUCAGCAAUGAGCCUUGUGGAUCGCUUCCUUGAUCGCAUGGCUGUGAAGCCGAAGCAUAUGGCCUGCAUGAGUGUUGCCUCAUUUCACUUGGCUAUUAGGCAGCUAGGACUAAAACCAAUACCCGCGGACGAAUUAGUGACUAUUUCACAGUGUGGUUGCACUGCUGGCGAUUUAGAGCGUAUGGCUGGUGUUAUCGCCAAUAAAUUGGGUGUACAAAUGGGCACCACCCCGGUCACUGCCGUUACCAUCCUGCGCGUUUUUUAUGCCCUUUUCCGUAAUUUGGCAAAGGAGGUAUGCGAUGAAUUCUAUGAAUUCUAUCAACGUAUGAUCAAGUUGGAAGACUUAGAAAAUCGUUUGGAGAAUUUGCUAUGCGAUGUCAAGACUACAGUUAUAGCACCAUCAACAUUGGCAUUAAUACUGAUGUGUCUACAUUUGGAUUUCCAUAUUAAGGCGUCCUAUAAACGCGAACGGCCCGAAUUAAAACCCGUAUUCGAGUAUAUACUUUUCCUGCAGCAAUAUUUGCGGAUUCCCGAUCGCGUAUUCAGCUGUGGCUUUUCCAUUGUUGCUGAGAUCCUGUCUCACUACAACGGUCAAAACAAGCAGCCUUACAAGCAACGCUUGGUUUGGAAAUUGUCCAGCCGCACAUUGAAAGUAUUGCGUCCAACCAAUCGUUUUUCAACCGAUCUACCCACCAUCGAUGAAGGCCAAGUGAAUGUCAUGGAUGAAGGCUGUCGUUCAAGAACUGAAAGCAUUAGCUCCGAGGAGGAGGAGGACUGGCCCACAUCACCCAUUAUACCGAUCUUUGAACAGUGUUAGUACCGUACACACGCAUAAGAGGAUGCGAACAGAACAUCAGAUUUUUGCUUACGAACUCAACAAAUAACUGCAGGAUAUUUUUUUCGGUAUAUUCGGAUAGUUUGAGUAGAGGAGUACGCAAAAAAGUUGCGAAAAGCAGAAAAAAAAAUUGUUUCAUAUGGAGACGCAUUGUUGUUGAACGCAUUGCAAUUGAGAGAUUACAGUGAAAUGCAAUACGAAGUUGAGAAGCACGAGAGAGCAGCAACAUGAAACAGUAAAGCAACAACACCAACAACAUAUCCUGCACAUAAAAACAAGAAACAACAGAUAUUUUGCUUUUUGAAAGGAAAAAAAUAUUUAUAGUAAACAACAAAAGGAGUAACAGUCAAAUCCGUAAGCGAGGAAUCAACAGUUUUUUAAAAAGAACAAAAACUAAAAAAAAACAAUUUUUUUUAACAAUAACACCCGGCUCCCCACUCUGCGAUGUGUGUAUAUUUUGCUAUGCAUCAUAAUUACGAAAGAAUUCUUAUUUGUUUUAGUGUAUGUAUAUACGUACGGUAGUAGAAAUGUUUAAAGAGAAAAAACAAAAACAAAAACAAAAAAUAUAUGGGUUAGAAGGCGCAUAUGUGUGACCACGGCCAGUCAGACAGCUAGAACGGUGCGUAUGUAUAGGGAAGAUGUUUAAUUCUAUUUCAAAACUUAAGGAAAACAACAAAAAACACAAACAAAAAAAUUUAAAAACAUAAAUAUGAAAAAAAAAAAAAUCAAAAAGCAAAAAAAAAAAAAACUAAAUAAAUGUUGCGGACCAUCAUACCAAGGAUUGAUGCCGUUCCGAAGCAUUUUUUCAAGGAACCGUAGAAGUGAGUAGUAAAAAUUCUUGGCAGAAUACGAAUUCACAGCAAAACCUACGAACAUAUUUCGUUUUAAACGAACCAAUUAAGCUAACACCUUGUACAUUUGUUAAGUAUUUUAGCUGUGUCUGUAUUUUAGCGGAACAUGCUAAAAGUGUUGCGCAUGCGCGCACAGCUGGAAUACCGACAAAUUGCUGUUGAUGAGAUGAGCACGUGUCGUAUGCCAACGGGACACUGCAUUUGGGUUCGCUCACACAAAAAAUAUUCCAAAACAUUUAUAAAGGAAACAUAAAGUUUAUAAAAAAAAACCCAAAACAAAAAACUAAUUUACUUAUGAUUAAUAAUUAUGAAACAUUACUACAAUCAAUAUCAAUUAUGUCAUGUCAAGCCGUUUGUUUGUAUUAUUCUUUAAUUAUAGUACUUUGUUAAAUUAUUUCUGGUAAAAAACAAAUCAACAACAAAACAACUAAUAUGCAAAGUUUAAAAUUAAAAAGAAAAAAAUUAAAAAAGAAAAUAGACAAAAACAUAUUCAAUUAGAUUAUAUAAAAUGCAAAAACAAAAAGAACAUAAAAAUAUAUAUCACCACUACAAUAAUUAGUAAAUACUGUAAUGUUAUCUUUGUAUACAUUGAAAAUAUCAAAACCAAAAAAAAAAAAAAAAAUUAAAUACGCAAACGAUAUGAUACAAUUAAAAAUAACCGUUUUAUUCCAAAUUUUCUUUAGUUCUAUUUAUCGUAACACCGAAUUUGUAGUAAGAAGUACACACAAAAAAAAAACAAAAAAUUUAAAAAGUACAAAAAUAUUUUAUUAUUAAUUUCGAAAAACAACUGUACGUUAAUUUACGCAAAAUUCUCAAAAAAAAAAAUUGUAAAUUUAAAUUUGUUUAAGACGCGCUAAAUUUUAAGUAUAUAAGCUGAUUUUGAAAACGUGCACCUUGACACUUGUUUGUUAAGUUUAAAACAAAAAAAAAAAAAACAAAACGCAACAGUUAAGUCAAAGCGUAAAUUGUGUCUUAAGGGUGUCAAGAAAGUGAAAAAAUUCGACUGCCUCGUUCUUGUAAAAAAAAACUUAUUACAUCACAUAAUUGGCACAAUUCAUGUAAUGAUAACAACAAUUUUGAUGUAAUUGGCAGCAAGCAUUUUGAUAAUUUCGAAGCUACGACGAACUUCAAACCAUCCUAAAGCGAUGCAAAACAAACAGACAAACACACAAAUACAAGUACGGAACUAUAUAAAAAAAAUGUUAUUAAGUUUUUUGGCAAAAUUACAACUGUUCGCCAUUUCAAUGGCAAUGGUUAGCAUUUCGUAAAAUCACUUUCGAUUGAAAUGUGCAUGUGGAUAUGCGAAAUGCAUAAAUACAACAACUCUUUCCGAGCCGAAGUGAGUUGUACCGAAUACACACUCCCUUCGGCUCAAGCACAAUAUGGCACAGUCUAUGCCUACUCCCUAAGCGGCAUAGAAAAAUAUUGUGCAAACCACAAUACACGCUAACGUUAGUACAUUUUGGCUAACAGCGUUAAGCGUACACAAUGCCAGGCAUUGUAUUUUAGUGGCGCCGCUCAGAGCGUGCGCUCACAGUUACCGAAUCGAGCGAGGAGGCGAGUGAGUUAUACUUGGUCAAAAAAAGACUGAAGUUUUCAUAGUAAAAGGCAAACGGUGAAAGCCACAUUUAAUUGCUACAUACAACAUUUUGAGGAAGAUGCACGCAGUUUGUGUGGAUUUCCUAAUUUAUUUUGUUUUAAUUUCAUGCUCAGACUUGCUUAUGACAUACACACAUGUUAUCCUCGAAUUAAAUUCAUUGGAGUGAUCUUUUUUUUUAUUAUUUUUAAUUUUCAUUAUUUUUGUUUUGUUUACAAACUUUUUUGUAUACAAAGUAUUUUUUAGAAUAUCUUUUUUGUUAAUAAUUUUAUUGCUAAUAUUUAAGUAUGAACAAACAAACAAAACAACUGCAAUCAAGCAGUGCUUAGCAACUUGUAGCAAGUUGUUGUUGGAGUUUUGAAACUCAAUGUUCGCUGCAACACACUUAUUUUACAUUAAGUGUGGAGUAAAAAUUUUCCAAAUUUGAUAUUUGCCAAAAAGCAACAACUAAAUAUGUUUUAAGACAACACUUUCAUUGCAUUUUUGCGUUAUACAAAAACAAAAAGCGAAAUUAACAAAAUGUGAGCAGCUUUCAGCUUGUUUCUUAAAUACUUUUAAUUAUUUGUAUUAAAAAACAUUUUUAAUUUAAGCUAUGUUAAUCAUAAUAUUUUACUUGAAUGAAAUUAUGAUGCAUACAAUCCAAAAGAAUAUACACUAAAGUGGAAACUAAAAAAGUAUUGCAAAAAACAACAUAACCUAAUUGUUAGUUGUACGGGCGCAGCAACUGUUCUAGAUAUUACAUUAAGGCAACAAAACAACAAAUAUACAACCCAUAAUUAGUUAGACCUUAAUAUGCGUGUAAUGCGUGCUCCUGUGCAAGCAAAGGAGUGAACAGCAAAUUUCAACUGUAUUCAAUUUUAAGUUUUCGCCGAAUACCAUUUUUGAAAUGUUUCGAAUGAUUUUAUUUUUAUUUAUUUCUAUUUUUGCAUAGUUUUUAAUUAAUUUCUCUUUGUUUUUAAAUAGCAGCAGGCUGUAAAAUACAGUAAUUAUAUGCAAAUGUUGCAAAUAGCCUGCAUUAAGAGCAUUUUGUAAGCAAACAUAACAAUUGGAAAUGUGCAAGAAUUUUUUCAACAAUUUAAAAUUGUGUAUGAACGAAAAUAAAUAUGUGUGUAGUUGGUAGUUUCGCGAGUCAUUUUUGACUUCGUCGAAAUAAACUUCCAAAUGCGCAUAACAAAUUAAACUAAAAAACAAAAUAAAUUGAUUUUCAUUCAAAGCAAACUGUUAAGGUGCUAAAAAUUUUAAAUUCCUUCCAGCAAAUAGCGCUGCUGCAGUGACUAAGUGACUAAGUAAUGGUACGCAAAUCGUCUCACAGCAAAGCUGCCAUUUAUGUAAGUGAGCUUUGGACGCUUUGACGGCGUAUGUACUGUUUGUUUGUCAGAGCGCGUGUUACUUCCUAUUCGUCCGUCUGAUGCAAGCACCACCAAAGUGAGUACAUAUAAUUGCUACACAAGCCUGCUAAGUAAGUACAGUGCGCUGCACCUGACACAACAUAUACAACAACAUAUACACAACAAAUAUGUAUGUAUAUACAUUAGGCUGUCGGUUAUUUCACAAGUUGUUCUUUUUUUUUAACAAACGUCCUUUGAAGUUUCAGUUUUUGUGCGCAAAAAAAAAGCAAUCAACGCAAACAAGCGCUUUAUUUUCAAUACAAACUGUGUCUAAAGCCUAUUGCUUUCUCAUUGUAUAUGUAAAACAUGAGAUUUAAGGAAUGUUCGCAUCAUUGCAUCAAAAUAUUGCGACAUUUCUGGUUUUCUCCGCAGUUAAAUAUACUGCAACAUUUUUGCAUCGCAUAUGAUGUCUUGCUAUACUGCCGCAGUGAUUGAGGCUCAACCAUCCUUCUAAAUUGAAAUUUUGCACUAAGCAAGUAAACCGGAAAAACUGAAAUAAUUAUAUUCGAGUACAAAAUUUUUCGCUCUACCAAAAAGUCCCUUGCAAUUUUUGCCGUUAAUCCACUCUUUUAAAAGUUAUACGCAGUUAAAGUUAUAUAUCAAGUGUAGCUUGCAUUAAUACAAGUGAUUUAUGCAUACAGUCUGAGUUGCUCAUACGCCAUGGUGUACUGCAUGCAUACAGUACAUUUGAUGCAUAACAUUAACUGCAUAUAACUUUUAAAGAAAUGCUGUUAUGCAAAAUGUUAUUAAGACCUUUUUUGUAGAGCGCAAAAUGUUGUAUUAGCAUAACGUAACGGUAAAUUUGUAGGUUUAUUUGUUUUGUGGUUAAAUAUUGGCUGUAAAAAAUUGUAUGCAAAAUACAUGCGAAAAGUAUGAGUAACAUAUGGCACGCUUCAAAACUGAAAACUGCAAGGCGCGUUUGCGCCACUUGUGAAAUAACAGACAUGCUAAAUACCAAUUCUCAGUGGUGUUGGCUUCGACUCACAAAUACAAAAUAUCUUAAUAUCAGAGUUUCCUGCAAGACUGCCAACAUAUUUUCAUGUAAAAAUUCGUUAUUAAAUUUUUUUCUUAAGCGAAAUGUUGCAUUAACUGACUUAUUUUUGUUAUUCUGCACAUUUAUAUAACAGUAUUAAAAAAGUAUAUAUAAAAAUAUUAAAAAAAUAUGCUUGCAUGCCUUCUAAAAUGUGUUUGCUUUGACGAUUUCGCAUUUCUUGCCAAUUUAAUGUUCAUAUUUUACUGAAAUUGCGCAUAAAGCAGUAAAGCAGCAUUUUCUAAACUUUCUUAUUUUGUACUAUUUUUUUUAUGGAAUAUUGUACUAAUCUUAACGAAAAAAAAUCUUUCAGUGAAAUUCACUUCAAUGACUUAGGCAUAAUUUAGCAAUACACAAACAAAUUAUUGUAUCAAAUAACAAAACUUACAUAUUUAUAGAAUUUGUGAUGUUGUAAAAACAUGAAUACACGUUAUAGUGACAAUGUUAAUGUUAAAAAUGGUGAUAUUAAAACGUAAAUAAGCUACCAACCGAACCAUUAAUUACCAACAACGCUGAUUACAUUUCAAGCUAAACAAUUUUUAGCAAAAUCUAAUACGAACAUCUGAUUAAUGUGUAAUAAUUUGUAGUUGAAGUAUUUUAUUAAGCUGCUGAGCACUUUUUUGAAAGCAUAUAAAAUUGAAUAUAUAUAGCUUUUGUAACUAAUUGGUAUAUAAGUAAACACAUACCCACUAAACUUUGAGAAAAUGUAGCAAAAUCUUUUUUCAUAGUCACAUACAUACAUACAUACAUAUAUGCUUAUACAUAUAAGAUCGAAAUGACUUUACUGCUGGCCUUAAUCGCCAAACAAUUAGUAAAAUUAUACAGCAAAGUGGAGUUUUUUAAAUACGCGAAAUAUUCGCUUUAUUGGCCUACAGUUAGUUGAAAAUGCAGGUAUUCAUAUGCCACACAUUUGAAAUGUGUGUUAUUUUAAGUGAUUUUUAGUUAUUUAAGGCAUUUUUCUGUUUAUUCGGCUUAAUUCAUACAUAAACAUUUCAAGAUUUUAAUUAAAGCGAAGUGAACUUCAAAAAAAUAAAAUAAAAUAAAAUAAAAUAAAAUAAAAAAAAAAAAUAAAAUAAAAAAAAUAAAAAAAAAAAAAUAAAAUAAAAUAAAAUAAAAAAAAUAAAAUAAAAAAAUAAAAUAAAAUAAAAUAAAAAUAAAAAAAUAAAAUAAAAUAAAAAAAAUAAAAUAAAAUAAAGGAAAAUAAAUAAAAAAACAAUUGCUAAACGUACGCAAAAUUAACAACAACACAUUUUGAAAAUUUGCAAAACGUACGCAAAAUUAACAACAAUAACAACAACACAUUUUGAAUGUGUAUAUCCUUAAUAAUUUGAAUAAAAUGUGAUCAUUUAUUUAUUUUAGCAGCGCGAUAUUGUUAGGCGGGUGUGUUUGUAUUUGUGUGUUUUACUUAUUGUCGAAAAUUAUAAAAAUAAAAAAUAUAAAAA